GAACAAUAACAAAGUAAUUAUUUAAUGAAUACCAUAAAACAAGUACCCAUUACAGUGAUAAGAUGAGUGGUAUAAGGACACAAUUACUUAUUGUCGCUUGUGUGAACAUAGGUCAAUUCAUAGAUGGAUAUAGUGUGGGUUGGUCAGCUCCGAUUAUACCGAAACUACAAGAUUUGAGUCAAAGCCCAUUGAAAGAGGUUAUCACAGAUUUACAGGUAUCCUGGAUUGGUUCACUGUUGUAUUUAGGAUCUAUUGUUGGUCCCUACAUCCCCAGUUACCUAUCAAACAUAGUGGGAAGAAAACCAUGCCUAUUCUUUGGUGGAAUGCUCAACUUAGCGGCUAUAAUACUUAUCGUUACAACGAAAAAUAUAGCAAUGAUUUUCGCUAUAAGAAUCAUAAGCGGACUUGGUAUGGGAAUGGUGACUGUUAGUAACUUAGUAUACGUAGGAGAAAUAGCGUCCACAAACAUUCGUGGUAUUCUUCUAACUUCUACAUCAAUUGUGGGUAUUUCUGGUACUCUAGCUGCCUACUGUGUCGGUCCGUUUGUCUCCUAUAAAAUGACGGGCUAUUUCGUCCUACUUAUUAACAUAGUACAUGUUAUAGGUAUAUUUUUCAUCCCGGAAUCGCCAGUUUAUUAUGCGAUAAAAGGUAAAGAAAUAGAAGCAAAAAACACACUUAGAUCCUUAGGCAGAGUUGAAGAUCUAGAAAGCAUAUUUGAAUCAGUGAGAGGCACAAAUCCAGACGAAGCGAGUAGCUGGAAAGCCUGGAUUAAGAUAUUUACAGUCAAGACGAACAGACGAAGCCUAGGCAUAACACUAACUUUGUGCACAUUGCAGCAGACUAGUGGUGUUGCGGCAGUUUUAUUUUUUGCAACAACAAUCUUUCAGAUGGCUGGAUCGUCUAUAAGGCCUGACAUAGCUACAAUAGUAAUAGGCAGCACAAGGUUAUUAGCUAGUAUGAUAGCACCUUUUGUUGUCGAACGAGCUGGUAGAAGAAUAUUACUACUCGUAUCAACAGCGUUUUGUGCAUGUAGCCUGUCGAUUCUUGGCACCUACUUCCACUUGGCGAGAGCUCAGAAUUCUAUUAUAUCAGAGAUUGGUUGGCUGCCUUUGCUAUCACUUAUUAUGUAUUUCUUUUCGUAUGAAAUAGGUUUUGGAACUAUGCCGAGUGCUUUGGUCGGUGAGAUGUUUCGAGGCAACGCUCGUAGCACGGGUUCAGCGGUUUCCAUGACAACCGCGUGGAUUAUUGGUUUCGGUGUGGCCACUAGUUUUGGUUCCCUUGUGAAGAUCAUGGGCGGUGAUGUCACUUUCUGGAUAUUUUCCUGCUCCUGUCUGGUCGCGUUUAUAUUUACCUUAAAGUGUGUACCAGAAACGAAGGGAAAGAGUUUGAAUGAAAUACAAGAAAUGCUAAGUAGAUAGUAUUAUGUUGUGGUAUUUUAAAUAUUGUUUAACAAAAGAUUUUCGAUUAAUCAAUUUUUAAAUUGUUUUAAUGAGUAAAUAACCAUGUCUGCAAAACUAGAUGUAAAUAAUUUCUCUAUAAUAAUGAAAUAAUAAUAAUAUUAAAAUGUAAGGUAGUCAAGAAAAAAAAACCUGUCUCGAUGAUCAAAAGAUAGUAAUUUUAUAUGCAUUUAAACGCCGAACUUAUGACUGAUGUACCACAAUUGAACUUUGCGAAAGCAGUUUUUGAGAGAAAUAUAUGUAAAUUAGUUAUUUAAUUCAUCAUUAAGUUGUGUUAUAUUAGCUCAUUAUUGUGAUAAAAAGCCGGGACCUAUGUCUUAAGAGACUACCGAUGAACCAUUGUUUUAUCAAUCGAGAUAGGAAUGUAUUAAUAAAUGACCUAUGUAAGAUUUUUCUCCGAGGUGUCUAAAUACUCUAAACAUAGCAUUUAGAUUUAUUUAUUAAACGAAUUUUCGAAUGA